AUGCCAUUUGAUUCUUUUAAUAUUCACUCAAAUUCUCGCUCUUCUUCAUCGCAACAGAAUGCGAUACCUGGAACUUCAACCACAGGAGGUAUAUUACAAGCUGCUGCAAAUCUAGGUAGUUUUGGUAUGCCUUCAUUGAAUUCUGGCACAGGACAAUCAGCACCACCAACAACAUUUGGUUUACCCCAUCCAAAUUCUUCUAUGACGACCAAUAUAAACAAUCCCUCAAUGAAUCAAUCCCAACAACACGAAACACCAAGGCGAACUCGACACGCGGACGAGCUGCAUUCAAGUAUGUCUGCGCAACGAGGUACUUUAUCUCCAAGAGAUUAUGGUGCAAGUGGUCCACGUAUAGCCCUAGAGCAAGCCACUCCUGACAUAUCCCAAUAUCCUGGUGCUUUACAGCCAGGUAGACCAGGUCCGUUUUCCACAAACACAGCACCUUCAUUACCUACAAUAUCACAAGAUCAGUACUCAAACCCCUCGCGAACCACAGGUCUUUCGCAUAAUCAUACUCGAUCAAGCCCAGCGGCGGGAUUUGACAGCCAAGGUUUUGCAACAUUUCAAGCGACCACGCCGGGAGGUUCUGAGCAAAAUCAAUUCUCCUCUCCGACACAAAAGUAUACACCACAGAAUUCACAAAGGACUGUAUCCAAUACCCCGCUAGGCCUUGCAGACAUUCGACCACGCGCAGACUCGUCACUUGCCGAAGGCCUACCUGGCGCCAACCCGUAUUCAUAUGAUGGUACCAGCGCGACGCCUACCAACAGCAACUAUCUCGCACCGUGGGCUCUUUAUGCGUUCGAUUGGUGUAAAUGGCCUGCGCAAAACAACGAUGCCGGGAAAGUCGCUAUAGGAAGUUAUUUAGAGGACGGUCAUAACUUUAUUCAAAUUCUCGAUUCGCAAAUCGUACCUACUCAGUCCGAAUCCUAUGUGCCUGGUGCCCCAAAAUAUGGUCUUGAAUUUACAAAGAUCGCUGAAGCAACACAUUCAUAUCCUGUGACUCGACUCCUAUGGGAACCACCUUCAUCUCAAAAACAAUCUACAGAUUUGUUGGCUACUUCUGGUGACCAUUUGAGAUUGUGGUCCCUCCCAUCUGAAACUCCAGUUGCAUCUCCCAGCAACACUAUCGGGGGACGUUCUUCCAAUACUGGCCGAGACCUACCUCCCAGUAAACUUACACCACUAGCCUUACUUUCUAACUCCAAGACACCGGAGCAUACCGCUCCUUUGACCUCUUUGGAUUGGAACACUGUGUCACCCAGUUUAAUUAUUACUUCAAGCAUAGAUACUACAUGCACUAUAUGGGACAUUCCCACAUUAACGGCCAAAACCCAAUUGAUUGCACAUGACAAAGAAGUCUUCGAUGUCAGAUUUUGUGCGAAUAGUGUGGAUGUUUUUGUUAGUUGUGGAGCUGAUGGUAGCGUAAGAAUGUUUGACCUUCGAAGUCUGGAACAUAGUACUAUCAUUUAUGAGCCGACGUCAAAGGAUGAUAAAGAUUUGAGCCCUGGUGGGGGCAGAAUAAGUCCAACUUUAGCCCAGCAAACCAUGUCCUAUGCGCCCCCUCUACUACGACUAGCUGCAUCACCACAUGAUACUCAUCUUCUUGCUACUUUCUCACAAGAUUCUAACAUCAUUCGUAUUUUGGAUGUUCGACAGCCUGGACAAGCAUUACUUGAGUUACAAGGUCAUUCCGCAGCUAUAAAUUGCAUAGAAUGGUCUCCAUCUCGGAGGGGCACCCUUGCUUCUGGUGCUGAUGAUUCUUUAGUUCUUAUCUGGGAUCUACUAAGCCAAAAUACUAGCAUUCCUGCGGGGCCUAGCAUGAAUGGUGCACCGACCCCAGAUAAUUCCAGAGGGCCUUCUGCUAGUUGGCAAUGUGAUUAUGAAGUGGGAAACAUAAGCUGGGCACCUCGAAGCAAUUUGAACAAUAAUGGGAAUGGCGACUGGCUGGGAGUAAGCGGAGGUAGGGGUAUUUGGGGCGUGAAGCUGUGA